CUCUCUCUUUCUCUCUCACACACAAACACACACAAAACAAGAUCUAUGGCGUUCUCUUUUGAUGAUUGUUUUGAUCUUGAUAUGGCACUUACAAUGCCGGAGAUGAACUCCGGCGACGACGGUGGCGAUGGCGAUUGCGUUUAUCGCGAUUCCAGGGUGGUGGAGGAGAGAGAUCUAUUAGUGGCGGAAAUGGCGACGGUUUUGAAUCCCGUCGGUGAAUGUGCGGUGUGUAUGGAAGGGUUUCAGACUGACGUUGGAUUGAUCGGUAAACGGACACGAUGUGGCCACGUGUAUCAUGCUCACUGUAUUACUAAGUGGCUAAAUACACGUCAAUCUUGCCCUCUUUGUAGAUCUCAGAUUACCGGUCACCGGGAAAGUUAGUUUGAAUUUUAAUAUUUAAUAUUGUAUUAAUUUCUCCUAACUUAAUUAAUAAAGGUAGAUGGGAGAAUUGGAUUGGA